GCCGCACCCUGAUAGAUGAGCCUGGAACUCCAGCUGCCGCUCAGCUGUGACUCGCUCUGAGCCGGCAGUUCAUUUCUGGGGCUUUCAGUGCUGCUUUCCUGCUCAAACCAUCAGACUGGCUGUUCUCCGAUGAAGACGAGCCGCUCAGCAGCUGGCAACACCACAGGCAGCUCAUCCGCCACUGGGCAGGAAGUACUCAUUCUAAAGAGACAAGAGCAGGAAGUGCUGCGAGGGAAGUCGUUUCCGUUUGCGUUUCCCCUCCGUAAAACUUGCAGGAGCGCCGAGGAGAGGCGGACUCUGAGGCCACUGCCCCUCCGGCUUGCUUCCACCUUCCAGACGUCUAAAGCUGCUGGGAACUCUGCAGCAUGGAUCAGUGGGAGGACUCUGAAAUACCUCCCUGUGGGGAACCCGACUCAAAAAGAGAAAAGCGGGUGCAACCUGAACAGCCUCCGACCCAAGCAGAUCAUCCACGGUCAGCAGAGGGAAAUGGACCAAAUGCGGCUGGAGUUUGUGAAGAGGGUCCCAGCAGAAAUCCUCCGAGAGCUCCUUGAUGCCCUCGUAGCAGACAGGGUCUUCAAUCAUUUGGAGGAAGAAGAAAUAAUCGAGGAGAACGCGACCAGAGCAAAUCGGGCACGACGCCUCAUUGAUGAUGUACGAAAAAAAGGAGAGAAGGCCUGCCGAGCGAUGUUGAAACACCUUCAAACUUUAGAUCCAAUGCUUUUCUCUCAGCUGUGUUUUCAGUGUGAUCCAUCAACUCGAGAAGGUAAGGCCACAUGUUCCUGUCAGAUUGGAUCACAUGAUGUCUUUAUGAACUGAAAUUUCUGAG